AGCGCUCGCCAACGGCCGACGCUCCGGGCCGGCCCACCCCGCGCAGCCGCAUCCAAUCACAAUGCUCAGAACUGGAGAUGGAGCCAAUCAGGUCCUACCAGGAGGCGGGGACACCGGUGCUCUACUAAGGUAGAUAGAGACUGAGAGACCACAAGCCGGAGGCACGUGGUCCUCUUCUAACGAAGGCCAAUCGCAAGCAGAUACAGGCGAGUGACUGUCAAGAAGGCCAAUUAGCGCCUCCGGAGGGAACCUGGCCCGGCCUCUUCUCUGAGGGACGGCUCUACCUACCAAUAGCAUGGGCGAGAAGGCGGUCCCUUCGCUAAGGAGGAGGCGGGUGAAGCGGAGCUGUCCUUCUUGUGGCCCAGAGCCAGGGGGUGAAGAGAAGAAGGGAAGAGGGAAUCCUAUUUCUGUUCAGUUGUUUCCCCCAGAGCUGGUGGAGCAUAUCAUCUCAUUCCUCCCAGUCAGAGAUGUAGUCGCCCUAGGCCAGACCUGCCACUACUUCCAUGAAGUGUGCGAUGCUGAGGGAGUGUGGAGACGCAUCUGCCGCAGGCUCAGUCCACGCCUUCGAGAGCAGGGUUCUGGGGUCCGGCCCUGGAAGAGAGCUGCCAUUCUUAACUACACGAAGGGCCUGUAUUUUCAGGCAUUUGGUGGCCGCCGUCGAUGUCUCAGCAAGAGUGUGGCCCCCCUUCUAGCCCAUGGCUACCGCUGUUUUUUGCCCACCAAGGAUCACGUCUUCAUUCUCGACUACGUGGGGACCCUCUUCUUCCUUAAAAAUGCACUAGUCUCCUCCACCCUUGGCCAGAUCCAGUGGAAGCGGGCCUGCCGCUAUGUUGUAUUAUGUCGUGGAGCCAAGGAUUUUGCCUCAGACCCAAGAUGUGACACAGUUUACCGUAAAUACGUCUACGUCUUGGCCACUCGGGAGCAGCCAGGAGUGGUAGGCACAACCAGCAGUCGGGCCUGUGACUGCGUGGAGGUCUAUCUGCAGUCCAGCGGGCAGCGGGUCUUCAAGAUGACAUUCCACCACUCCAUGAGCUUCAAACAGAUUGUGCUGGUUGGUCAGGAGACCCAACGGGCUCUAUUGCUCCUCACAGAGGAAGGAAAGAUCUACUCUUUGGUAGUGAAUGAGACCCAGCUGGACCAGCCACGCUCCUACACAGUUCAGCUGGCCCUCAGGAAAGUGUCCCGUUGCCUGCCUCACCUGCGUGUGACCUGCAUGGCUUCCAACCAGAGCAGUACCCUCUACAUCACGGACCAGGGGGGAGUGUAUUUUGAGGUGCAUACCCCAGGGGUGUAUCGUGAUCUCUUUGGAACCCUUCAAGCCUUUGACCCCUUGGACCAGCAGAUGCCACUCGCUCUCUCACUGCCUGCCAAGAUCCUAUUCUGUGCUCUUGGCUACAAUCACCUUGGCCUGGUGGAUGAAUUUGGCCGAAUCUUUAUGCAGGGAAAUAACAGAUAUGGGCAAUUGGGAACAGGGGACAAAAUGGAUCGAGGGGAACCCACACAGGUACAUUAUCUGCAAUGCCCCAUUGCCCUGUGGUGCGGCCUCAACCAUUCCCUGGUGCUGAGCCAGGGCUCGGACUUCAGCAAGGAACUUCUGGGCUGCGGCUGUGGGGCUGGAGGCCGCCUCCCCGGCUGGCCUAAGGGGAGUGCCUCCUUCGUCAAGCUCCACGUCAAGGUUCCUUUGUGUGCCUGUUCCCUCUGCUCCACCAGAGAGUGCCUCUACAUGCUGUCUAGCCAUGACAUCGAGCACUACCCUGCCUAUAGGGACCUGCCAGCCAGCAGGGUGGUGGGGAGCCCUGAACCCAGCCUGGGGACUGGAGGCCCCCAGGACCCUGGGGGGGCAGCCCGGGCCUGUGAGGAGUACCUCAGCCAGAUCCACAGUUGCCCCACCUUACAGGACCGCAUGGAGAAGAUGAAGGAGAUCGUGGGCUGGAUGCCCUUGAUGGCCGCACAGAAGGAUUUCUUCUGGGAGGCCCUAGACAUGCUGCAGAGGGCUGCUGGUGGUGUUGGCCCAGGCCCAUCAACCCCUGAGAGCUGAUUCCCCUCUCCCAACCUCACCCCUGGAGGGAGUCUGGCCCUGGGCCAGGGGCUAAGGAGAGAUGGAGUGGUGGCAGUGAACACUGUGUGCAUGUGGGGAUGGGUCACAGGGGGUAGGGCAGGGAACUCUUUUGUAAAAUGUUCAGGGGGCUGCCCAGGAGGGGCCUCCAGUCUAUCAUGGACAAGAGAUUUGAUGGACAAAUAGAAUAAAAGGCUGAAGCGAG